AUCAUUGACGUAUAAUAAAAAUUAAAACGACCCAACAUGGAACCCUGGGGCACGCCAAUAUUAGUGAACAUGGUUUUAGAAUGAACGCCUGAAAUGGUUACUACCUGCAUUCUGUCUGUUAAGUAAUUCUGUGGUAACAAGAGUGCUGGGCCGGUAAUUCCUAAUGAUUCAAGCUUACGAAAUAAGAUGCGGUGGUUUAUUUUCUCAACCGCUUUACUUAAAUCUAUAAAUACUGAAGCUGCAUAAUUCCCUUCAUCGAUAACGAGUUUUAGUUGAUCGGUUAGAGCAACAUUUACUCCCCUUAUUCAAUCAUUCGCCCACAGAAUGACCAUAAAGUCGAUCUGCUCCGCUCUACCCUUCCCCGCCCUCAUAUAUUUCUUCUUAUUCUUUUCAUUCACCCCUCCCUCCCUUUCCCCGGCACUACUGUAGUGGUAUCCGCCACCAAGCAAGGCAACUGGUUGGAUUUUCCUCAGUGUAAUGGCACAACACAAACUCUGAGGAGAAGGAGGAGGAGGAUCCUCCGUCAUGGCUCGUACCCACUGAGGACCAGAAAUCGACAAAUAAUCGGGCGGUAGGAGGGGUAAAGAAUAUUUUAAAAAUUAGUAAUUAUAAGUUGAAACCAAAUUAACAAAUUAAGAUUUUCGUAUUAGGAGUUAUCUAGUAUAUUGUGCAGUGAGGCAUGUAGCCGUGCUUUUCCGCUACCUAUAAUCGCUUCCUUCUUCUAAGGCACCACGUUUGCCUGCCAUCAUAAAAGGAAUCAACAUCAACAACUCUGGGUGCCAGGAUCAGAGAAGAAGAUAAGUGCCAUUCGCGUGCACGUCGCCAAUCCUGAGGCAGCUGCGUUCGAACCGAAGGAACCCGAACUGCGGCCAUGCGAGGCUACGCGGGCAUGCUUAUCACCAUGUUCCUCGCACUGUUCUCUGCACUGUACAUGGUUCCCCUAGUGCGCACCAUAGCGCAUCUGAUAUCCCUCACCAUUGUCGUAGUGGUCGUCUCGCACUACCUGGCCGUCUGGCUGUUGAAGAUGUUCACCUACAAGGUGGUCCCGUCCAAGGGCAAGGUGGUCGUCAUCACGCGGUGCGACAGCGGCUACGGCAACAGACUCGCUCUGCAGCUCGAUCGACGAGGCUUCACGGUGGUGGCCGGCUGCGUCAGCACAGGGAGCCCCGGCACACAGCAGCUCAUGCUGCAGGGCUCGUCCAACAUCCACGUGGUCGAUACGGACGUCACGCAGCCCGAGUCGCUGGCCGAGUUCGAGAAGCACGUGCGCGCGCUGUGCAAGGGCGACAACCACCUCUGGGCCGUCAUCAUCAACCUGAGCGUGGUGUCCCUCGGCGAGCUGGAGUGGUACGACGACGAUGACAUGCGCUGGACCUACGAGGUGAACGUACUCAGCGUCGCGCGCGUGGCCAGGAUUUUUCUGCCGUUGCUGCGCGAGUCACCGCACUGCGGUCAGCGAUUCGUCAUCGUGAAUAGCGUGUGGAGCCGCAUAGCCGUGCCGGGCACAGGGCCGUACUGCAUGAGCAAGUACGCAGUACGCUGCUUCACCGAGGUUCUGCGCCGCGAGCUGAUCAAGUUCGGCAUCUACGUGGUUGGCAUCGAGCCGAACCUGUACCGGCUGCCGCAGACGGAACCCAGUUCGCUUUUAAAGUCGUACAAGUACAUGUGGGAGAAACUACCCGAUGAGACCAAGGACCUUUACUCUAGGAGUUACGGUGACGAGAUGGAGGCCAACAUCCGGAACAUAAUAGUGAACGAGCCGGACCCCGUGGUUCGAGAAGUCGCCAAGAAAAUGCUCGACUCCGUACAGACGGCGCAUCCCAACAGGCUGUACCAGCCGGACCUGUUGACCCGCAAGAUUCUGUACGCCGGUUUUCGUAUGCUACCCGACGAGAUCACGGAUUUCUGGCUUACGGAGAUAUCCGGCCUGAUGAAGGCUUGAUUAUUAAAGAAACGUAAUC